AUGCAUAUGCAAGCAAUCUUAAAGCAGACUACUACUACCACUACUACUACUAUUAGUACUACUACUAUUACUACCACUACUACUACUACUACCACUACUACUACUAUUACUACUACUACUUCUACUACCACCACCACUACUACUACUACUAUUACUACUACUACUACCAUUACUACUACUAUUACUACUACUACUUCUACUACCACUACUACUACUACUACUACUACUACUACUACUACUACUGCUACUACUACUAAUACUACUAAUGCUAAUACUAAUACUACUACUAAUAAUAAUAAUAAUAAAAUUUCCAUUACCAUUGUGAUACACUUCCGUCUCAGUGCUUGA